CGCAGGCUGCUGGAGCGGCAGCAGCAGUAGAUGCUGUCCCAUCAUCAGAUCACACCCAACGGGGCUGCAGCGCACCGCUCCUCCGGCACCAACAUCAUGACAUCCAGGUUCAAAACCGCAAUCUGAGCCGCACCGAGGACCAAACCUGCGGAGGGACCCUGAAGCACCGGCCGUGGAGACAUACACACACACACACACUCACGCACACGCACAGGGACGCGAAUCUUGCAGCGACCAGCAGCCUGAUAGACGGAAACGCCGAGCGAGGCGAACUCCACUGCGCCGCGGAAUUGCGCUUUUCGCUCCAGAGACGCGUCCCACUCGGACACCCGCAAGAGAAAUUACUCCCGGCGAGUCGUUUCACCCCGAAACAUGUCGUCGACGGGCAAGGACGCCAACAGCGGGCAUUACGCCAACUAUGUGGGACCGUACCGCCUGGAGAAGACGCUGGGCAAAGGACAGACAGGUCUGGUGAAGCUCGGCGUCCACUGUGUCACAUGUCAGAAAGUCGCCAUAAAGAUUGUCAACAGAGAAAAGCUCAGCGAGUCUGUUCUCAUGAAGGUGGAGCGGGAGAUAGCCAUUCUGAAACUCAUAGAGCAUCCCCACGUUUUAAAGCUGCAUGACGUCUAUGAAAAUAAGAAAUACCUGUACCUGGUGCUAGAGCAUGUGUCUGGUGGGGAGCUGUUCGACUACCUGGUGAAGAAAGGCCGAUUAACACCUAAAGAGGCCAGAAAGUUCUUCAGACAGAUCAUCUCAGCCCUGGACUUCUGCCACAGCCACUCCAUAUGCCACAGAGAUUUGAAGCCCGAGAACUUGUUGUUAGACGAGAAGAACAACAUCAGGAUAGCAGACUUUGGCAUGGCGUCUCUGCAGGUCGGGGACAGUCUGCUGGAGACCAGCUGUGGAUCUCCGCACUACGCCUGCCCAGAGGUUAUCAGGGGGGAGAAGUAUGACGGCAGGAAAGCUGAUGCGUGGAGCUGUGGAGUCAUCCUGUUUGCACUUUUAGUGGGGGCUCUGCCUUUCGAUGACGACAACCUGAGGAACCUUUUGGAGAAGGUGAAGCUGGGAGUUUUCCACAUGCCUCACUUCAUCCCUCCAGACUGUCAGAACCUCCUGCGUGGGAUGAUUGAAGUGGACGCCAGCAAGCGGCUGACGUUAGAGCAGAUCCAGAAGCAUACGUGGUACCAAGCUGGAAAGAACGAGCCUGAGCCGGAGCAGCCCGUCCCCAGGAAGGUGGCCAUCAGGACGCUGGCUUCGGCCGAGGAGAUCGACCCGGACGUCCUGGAGAGCAUGCACUCCCUGGGCUGCUUCAGAGACAAGGACAAACUGACCAAAGACCUGCUGUCUGAGGAUGACAACCAGGAGAAGAUGAUCUACUUCCUGCUGCUGGACCGCAAGGAGAGAUAUCCAAGUCACGAGGACCAGAACCUGCCGCCACGCACCGAGAUCGCAGACCCUCCCAGGAAGCGUGUGGAUUCGCCCAUGCUGAGCCGUCACGGCAAGCGGAGGCCAGAGAGGAAGUCCAUGGAGGUCCUGAGCGUCACGGAGGGAGGAUCUCCGGUACCGGUCCGACGAGCCAUCGACAUGGCAACCCACGGCCAGAGCAAAUCUGUUUUCAGUAAAAGCUUGGAUAUCACAAACGCUAACUGCAGCAAGGAAGAAAGGUCGCGGUCGAUCAGCGGAGCGUCCUCCGGUCUGUCCACCAGUCCUCUCAGCAGUCCCAGGCCCCACCGGCGGUUCUUCAUCCCGCCUCAGUCCCCAGACCUGUGUCAGUCCCCCAACUGCAGCCCCACCCACUCCCCCGAGGUCCGCCUCAACGGGGUGGGGCCGCGGACCCCCAACUCCUUCCAUCCAAGGAUGGGCUCCCCCCUCAUGCACCCCCGCACCCAGACCCUCCCCGCCAAGCCCAAAGUGUCCGAGAAGCCGCUGCAGACCACCAGGUCCAACCCGCUCCCCAACACCGCCCAGACCCCCUCCACCCCCAAAUCUGAGCCCACCACGCCCAGUCAGCCUCUGGCCCCCUGCAUCCCCAACAGUCCCCGGGUGAGGCGCCACCCUCCCCUCACCGUCCCCCCAAAGCUGUCCAUCCCCCUCUCCCCGGUGCCCCCCAUGUCGCCGCUCCGCCGGCACCACCUCCACCCUGACCACAACGGCAAAUGUGUCCCCAUCACGCAGGUGACCCCCCACCCCUCCCCCAGAGGGAGCCCCCUCCCCACCCCCAAGGGCACCCCGGUGCACACGCCCAAGGACAGCCCGGCCGGCACCCCCAGCCCGACGCCGCCGCCCAGCCCGUCCAUCGGCGGGAUGCCCUGGAGGACGCGGCUCAACUCCAUCAAGAACAGCUUCCUGGGGUCGCCGCGCUUCCACCGCAGGAAAAUGCAAGUUCCCACCCAGGAGGACAUGUCCAGCCUCACCCCAGACUCCUCUCCAGAACUGGCUAAGAAGUCGUGGUUCGGGAACUUCAUCAACCUGGAGAAAGAGGAACAGAUCUUCAUCGUGAUCAGAGACAAACCUCUGAGCUCCAUAAAGGCCGACAUCGUCCACGCCUUCCUCUCCAUUCCCAGUCUGAGCCACAGCGUCAUCUCUCAGACCAGUUUCCGGGCCGAGUACAAGUCCACAGCCGGGCCGACGGUUUUCCAGAAGCCGGUCAAGUUCCAGGUGGACAUCACCUACACCGAGAGCACCAGCGCCACCAAGGAGAACGGCAUCUACUCCGUCACCUUCACCCUGCUGUCAGGUCCCAGCCGACGUUUCAAGCGUGUGGUUGAGACCAUCCAGGCCCAGCUGCUCAGCUCCAACGACCAGCCCGGCAUCCAGCCACAGAUCUCUGAUGGCUCUCAGCGCUCAGCCUCUUUGCCCAGUAAAUCCUCCAAGCGUGGCAGCCCGUUGAGUAACUUCUUUGACGUAAUUAAACAGCUUUUUUCAGACGAGAAGAACCUCCAAGCGUCCCACCCCCCCGGCGCCCCCGCCACGCCUAGCUCCCCCACCAAGCAUGCCCCCAGCAGCAAGCCCAACCAGCCCCCGCCCAAUGACUCUAAAUGCCCCCCCGGCAAAGACAAAACAAAGACGGCCUCCAGCAACAGGACACAGGAACAACCUUAAAGGAGCGGUAGCUGUGCAUGACUAGCAGUAAUCAGGUCACUAAACAGAGGAGCGCUGCUAACUUUUGCCCUUUAGUUAGGAGAGAAAAACAGAAAACAGAUCUACUUUUUGCCUCUAACUUUUGUACUGUAUACCGGGAAUGGCUCUUUCAGUUUAAAAACCUGAUCAGUAUUUUACAAUAAGUAGCAGAUGUAGCUUUGUCGUCCCUACCUUGUGUCCCUCUCUGUGGGUUUCGGUGGGUCUGUGUCCUCCUCACAUGUGUGACGGCUUGACUUGUCUCUGCCACCAGGGAUCAUCCAUAAUAACUAUUAACCUUCGGCGGCUCUCGGAGACUCACGGCUCGCCGCCAUCACCGCCGCCGCCGAGAGAAUCUGAAACUGAAGAAAAAGACAGAGGACACCUUCCCCUUCCUCCCCUCCCAUCCCUCCCCCUGUCUGGCCGCAUCAGUAAAGAGUCCACCUCACCAGACCAAACGCAUCUCGGAGGAGUUGUAAAAAGAAAAAAAAAGAAGCCUUAAGACAGUGAUGUUUGUCGAUCUUAAAACACACACAGACAUCCCCUCUCCCGCUUUGUCUUUCUUCCAUUUCUGCCACAUGUACAUAAGAGUAACAAAAACACACAAACACUCGUCUACACAAAACUUCUUUUGCGGGAUGUAAUGACUCGAGCGGUGGAAGAAAGCAGACAAACAGACGGACAAACAAACAAACGCUGGCUGGAUUGUAAUUCUUUUUAAUCGUCGUGUUUUUCUUUGUGAGCGGCAGGAUUUCUGAGCUGUGGCGUUUCUCUGGGUUGCCCAUAAAAGUAUGACAAAGUUUGGGGGGGAGGGUUUGGUGAUAUUAUAUUUAAAUGAAUGAUCUAUUCUGUUGUACAGACUAAAUAAUGUUCCGUAUGUACAAAAAGUGUAGUUGUGACAUUUUGUUUUAGAGUUGUUGCCAUAAUUUUAUUCAUUUUUUUAGGUUUGUAUUCCUGUGCAGGUGCGGUCACACCAGCAGCUCAAACGGCUCGAUUUUAAGGUGAAAUCAGUCGAUGUGAUGGAAAACUUGUGCAGAUUUUGGGUGCAGUAAUCAGCUUGUCUUUCAAUGGCGGUUUAACCUCUUUUAUUGGAUCAUCGAUAUUUUAAAGUGGAGCUCCAUGAUACUAGAAAAAAACUGACAUUAUGAUAUUUUCUUUAUCUGCAAUAUACAAUGUAAUAUGAAAAAAAAAAUACAGGAAUUUUAACCAGAUGAUUGGAAAAGCUAUUUAGAAAGAAGGAAUCUUUCUAGAAUGAUUGGGGUGAUUUUGUAAGAGUGUCUCUGAUGAAAGGCAGUUGGGCUGCAAAAUACUGGAAAAACUGCAAAAUUUUGUUUUCCUCCUAUAUAUAUUGCAAUACGAAAAAAAUACAGGAAUUUUCACCAGAAAUUAAUGACUUUUUGGAAUAUAUUGAUUCUUCCAGAACAAUUGGACAAAUUUUUAUAAGGCAGAGCAUCUGAAUCUAAGAUAAAAAAAACAAUAAAAAGCUGGAAAAAGUAGUUUGUGGCCUUUCCGAUAUGAUGCAACACUAACAAAGGCAUUUUUUGCCUUGGACUUGCUUUCAGGUCUGGCUUUGUACUCAUAAGAGCUUUAUGAUCGAAACUAAUUACCUGUUUUUGGUUGUCAUCCUUUAAAAUGUUUCAAUACGACUGAAACUUCUCUUGUAGAUUAGUUGUGGAAAAUGUAAAGCAUCAAACAAAGGUCUAGCUUGAUGCUUAUGAAUAAAUUUGCCUUACUUCAAAUUUCGGUAAUGGUAAAACAUCGUAUCACGCAGCACUAUUUUAACUGAGUCUUGGUUAUUUGCAACCAAAAAGCCUCAACUUGGAAAUCUUCAUGUAAUUAUGUGCACAAAAACGCAACAAGCAAAAAGAGAAACAAGCUGGAAAUAAGAGCGGUUUUGUAUUUAGCACUAGCACGCUCAGGCUAGUUAGCACGUUAGCCGUUAAUAACUCUGGUGUGACCGGGCCUCGUUGAUCGAACACCGCGUCAGCGUGUUUUUAUCUUUUCCUUCCUUUGAAUUAUCUGCAGGUUUCAGACAAUAUUGAACUGCUGUGUAUAUUUUUGUACUCGUCAUUUUUGUUUUUGGUUAUUAAUUUAUUAUCAAUUAUUUAUAUGAAAGAUGUAGAGAAUGUUUCUUAAUGUCAAAUUAUUUAAGGAUAUUUUUGUCAUGUUUAAGUUAUUUGAUCACACUCGUGGGCGUUUGUUGCUUUUUUUCCCGGCUUUUCGACGACACAAACCUUGUAAUAUACGUUUGGGGAAAUGAUUUACCGUAAUUUAAGAAUGUAGACUUUAGCCUCUUUGAGAGGAAUGAACCCUUUGUUGAUAAUUGUCGGCUCCUUCCUCCCCUCCUGUGCGUAUGAAGACUCAGAACUCACCAAACACUCAUUCUGUAAAUAAGCCGAGUUUACUGACAAGCUUAUUUAAAAAACCAAGGGGAUUCCUACUCUUAGCUUUGACCUCGUACGGUUGUUUGCAUGUUCAGCAUUCGUCUUUUCUUUGCAUGUCGUCUUUGGAAUUGUUCUCCUGUUCCCUUUUUCUCUCCACACUUAUUUAUGUAUUUAUGUUCUUUAUGUGCAUUUGCUUUAAUUUGCCUUUUUUUAGUUUUUUUUUUAUAUUAAUUUUAAUCCACCUCGCCGUCCUCUUCCCUCUUCCUCCUUUUUUGAUUACUGUGCGCACACAGUAACCGUGCAAUGCAUCCUCCUUACUCAUUCUCUCAAAGAGGGAGCUCGCUGGCGAUCGGCUCGCUCACUCAGAACAGCUGGGUGGGCGUUGGGUUAUCAGAGAGAAAAAUUAAAAGCAAUACCUUCCAUUGUUCGCUUUCCUCUUUUUCUACUGUGGGAAUCCAGAGCACACAGAAUGGACUCGGAGCACGGAGCGCUACUACUGAGCAGGAUAACCACUGGCAAUGUAUUCCCUUGUGAUGUUACUGUGAACAACUUCAGUGCUAAAGGAAAUAAAUCUGUUGACUUUG